AUGGUCCGCGUCUCCGUUCUUAACGACUGCCUCAACAACAUUGUCAACGCCGAACGCCGCGGCAAGCGUCAGGUCCUCAUCCGCCCUUCAUCGAAGGUCAUCGUGAAGUUCCUCAGUGUAAUGCAGCGUCAUGGUUACAUCGGCGAGUUCGAGAUCGUCGAUGACCACCGCUCUGGCAAGAUCGUUGUGCAGCUCAACGGUCGCCUCAACAAGACUGGUGUCAUCUCGCCACGAUACAACGUGCAGGUUAACCAGAUCGAGAACUGGGUUGCCCUCCUUCUCCCUGCUCGUGGGUUCGGCAUCAUCAUCCUUACCACUUCGUCCGGCAUUCUCGACCACGAAGAGGCGCGUCGUAAGAACAUCGGUGGCAAGCUCCUCGGCUACGUCUACUAG